UCUUUGUUAAUUGGAAUUGGAAAGUAAAGCCCUAGUACUAGAACCUCUCGAAUUAAAUCCAAUCUUCCCAAAACUACUAGAACAUCAAUGUCGUUCACUGUAGUUCGAUCUCGGUUAUGGCAGAAACUCUCCAAUUCUACAGCCAUUAACAGCUAUGACAAGAACACCAUAAUUUUCCGAAGACUCUUCUGCACUAAAGAACCUCCAUUAUCAUCUGCUUCUUCUCAACUUAAUGAAAAUCCUUCUUCAUCUGCGCCUUUACCACCGCCACCGAUUCAGAAGAAGAACGGCUUUGUAACUGCGCUCAAAUUCGGCCUUACUUUUGCUCUCACUGGUGUUGCUGCUGCUGCUGGCUAUGCUACUUAUGCAUACACGCUAGAAGAAGUCGACGAGAAGACAAAACUAUUUCGAGAAUCUGUAAAUUAUCACAUUGAGGAUGGUGAAUCUACUAUCAAUAAACUAAAAGCAUCUCUUCGUUAUGGUGCUGUUGUUGUGCCUGCUAAAGCAAUUCAACUUUAUCUAGAUCUGAGGCAAUCUAUUGAGGAGCAAGUUCGAGGUUUUACUGAACCAUUGUCAGACAAGUUGCUUCCCGACUUGCCUCCUGGAAUGCAAAAUGUUUUUACUCUUGUCUUGGAUCUUAAUGAGACUUUGGUGUACUCUGAUUGGAAGCGUGAAAGAGGCUGGAGAACAUUUAAGAGGCCUGGUGUUGAUGCAUUCCUUGAGCAUUUAGCACAAUUUUAUGAAGUUGUUGUCUAUUCUGACCAUUUGCAAAUGUAUGUCGACCCCAUUCUUGAUAGAUUAGAUGCAAAACAAUGCAUAGCCCAUCGGUUGUCAAGAGCUGCGACAAGAUAUGAGAACGGAAAGCAUUAUAGGGACCUUUCAAAACUGAACCGUGAUCCAAAGAGAGUUAUUUAUGUUAGUGGCCAUGCCCUAGAGAGUUGUCUUCAGCCAGAAAACUGUGUUGAAAUAAAGCCAUGGAAGGGCGAUGAUGUGAAUGAUACUACUUUGUUGGAUCUUCUUCCGUUCCUUGAAUUUGUCGCCCGGAGUGGACCACCUGAUAUUCGCCAGGUGCUUGAAUCUUAUAGAGGGCGUGAUAUUGCAAAGGAAUUUAUAGAACGCUCUAAAGAGCACCAAAGGAAAAUGCAAGAACAGAAACAUGGACGUUUUUGGCGACAUUGAAGUAAAAUCUAUUUUAUGCCGAAGUGGAUGGCUUAUCUUGCUUGCUAUAGUUCAUAAUAUCUUAAGCUCUUUUUAUCCUCUUAUCAAUUGAAGGCGAGGCAUAUGAUGGAACUGAGUAAGAGCUGCUUCACAUAAUAAUAUACACAAGCGUGAAAAUAGUUAAGCCGAAGAGGUUAAAUCUUUGCAUUAUCUUGAUUGUACGAUACAUAUUCGCUUUCCAAUUGUCGAUCUCAAAUUUGGAAACUAUAAAUUGUUUGAAAUGAGGAAAAUUUUGUUUUAUC